AUGAAUUUCUGGGAUCUCCUCGAAGUGCUCCCAACCCUUUCUGCGGAUGGUAUCAGGGAGUUCUGGCAUCCGGCUAUGGUUCAGCAAGCUGAACGCAUAGAUCGUAGAAAGCUAAAUUUGAGUGAUGAGGCCAGGGUCCCCUCAUACCAAUCCCUACAGCCCUCAUUUCAGGAACUGUACACAUUGGCAGACCUUGAAACUGUGAAGCAACACUGUGAAGAACGGUUAAAUGCCAAAGAAACCGAGAUCACCGAGCUGCGACAGCUUCACGAGUGUCGUCUCAACAUGCUUUGGUACAAAGACCACAGCAAACAUACUCUAUAGCACAAUCACGAUUCCGAUCAGGCUCGUAUCCCUCCAGAACCCCAACCUAACCUCCCCCGCACGCCUCAAACGGAACACAGCCACAAAACUAUCACCACGACCCCCUUCCCUAACGACUCCAAACCCAACCCAAACGCCAGCCUCCAAUAAUCAAAUCUCAUACUCACCAUGAGACUCAAAACACUACGAAGUCACGACAAGAACCCUCAAGCAAGACCUGCAAGAAAAAGACGCCCAGAUAGCCAUUCUUAACAGAAAAGUCGCCCAGUUACUAAACAUGGAUCCUGUAUCAGCAGCGACUUCUUUCUCCUCCUCGUCCUCAUCAUCAUCCUCAUCUUCAUCAUCAAAAGUAGAAGCUGUAGCACGAGAAACAGGAACACUCCAUCCCCUGCCGAAAGUAGAGAAAGACCUACCACUCCUGCCCUCGUCACCCAGGCGGCGGCCCCGCCACAGCGAUUCGAACUUGUAUCUGAAGCGAACAUACGGAGGGAAAAAAAAGGUGUCUGGUUUCUUCCGGUGCAUAAGAACCGAAAGAAUCGCAAAAAUUCCCACCCGCACACACGUUAAAUCACCCCGUCCCCCGUAGGCCCUGUUAUCGCGACGCUGGUAUCUCCCAUCUGAUACCUGGUUCCCUGAAUUUUUUAAUGAAUGAUUUUGUUUCUUAUCUUCUGUGAAUUUCAGUUUUAAGGUAUUCCCUGAGGCUGCCAUGGGCCGUGGCAUCGGUUUUAUCGUCGAGCUUUUACGUAUACAUUCCGGCCCACCCCCCUUUUCGUUAUUCCUUUCUUUUCCAAUAUUCCUUGAUCAUAUUUCCCCCUUUUUCCUACUUCAGCCCACAGAAACCCAGCUCAGAUACGGGCAUAAAAUGACAAUCACAUAUUCUAUCGAGAAUAAAGCCGAAAAAAAAAAUUGGAUCAACAUUAUCUCUAAUAAUACUCUAAAAAUAUCUAUAAAACCA